AUUUCAUAGCAGAAGACGUGUUUCAGCAGCAGACGAUCGAGUCGAAAGAAGACAGCACCUUUAACAGGAGACAGUGAUUUUAAAAGCAGACAGUUGUGUUAAAAGCAGACAGCAGACGGAAGACAGCACUUUUAACAGGAAACAACGAUUUUAAAAGCACAGUUGUGUUAAAAGCAGACAGUUGUGUUAAAAGCAAACAGUUUUGUUAAAAGCAGACAGCAGACAGCAGACGGCAAACACCAACGACGAUUUUAAAGAGAGACGACCGUGUUUAGAAAUUUUAAAGGAAGACGACCGUGUUAAAAAUCAAACGACAGUUAAAAAGGGAGACGAACGUGUAUAUUAACAACAAAAAAAGAAAAAAAGAAGAAAAAAAAAGAAGCAGACGACAGGAGGAAUGGAAUCAUCUCUCAUUACUGUGAUUGGCUUGUGCUGCAGUAGUCUGCUUGUGGUCUUCGGAGAUCAGCAGGGUUCAAGGAAACUUCUCGUGAUACUACUGGACGGUUUCAGGUGGGACUAUCUCAAAUACGACGGGUUCGGUGACGAUGGGUUUCGCAGGUUCGCCAGAGAGGGGACGACAGCAGCGUCCCUGCAGCCGGUGUACCCCUCCUCUUCCUACCCAAAUUACUACUCGCUCAUGACAGGACUGUAUACGGAAAGUCACGGAAUGACCGGAAACUAUAUGUAUGACGCGGUACGCAACGAAUCCUUUUUGAUUGGAACAAAUCCCGAGCAGAAACAUUCUCAUUGGUGGGACGAUGGUGAUCCAGUAUGGGUCACUGCAACAAGGCAGGCAAGUAUUUUCAAUAAAAAGAACUGCUAUAUGUUCUACUGGCCUGGGUGUGAGGUGGAGAUUCGAGGGCUCAGGCCUAAUUUCUGUCAGCCUUACGAAGGAAUUCCUACGAUACCCCAGUUCCGCUCGGCCAUUGCGCAGUCUCUGCAGCUUCUUCAAAACGGAAGUGCUGAUUUGGCGACAAUUUAUUUCGAGAAUAUCGAUCACGAAGGCCAUGCGUACGGUCCUUUCAGCGACGCCAUCAACAGCACUCUCAAAAUGGUCGACGCUGAAAUCGCUUUCCUAUUGGCUGAGAUGGAUCGACGUCAUAUCCGGGAUAGCGUUGACGUCAUGAUCACAUCUGAUCACGGGAUGACCGACAUGUCGGGAGUCUCCCCGACCAGACUCAUUAACAUCAGCUCGGUGCUUCUAGCAGGAGAUUACUCCCUCGUCAUGGAAGCUGGCUCCCUAACUAGCGUCUUUUUGAGCAGCGAGCUUGUUCCACAGGUGUACCAGAAGCUGAAGUCGUUUCACCCCCACAUGAAGGCUUAUCUGCGAGACGAAAUCCCCGACAGGUGGCACUACAAGCGAGGACGUUACGUGGCGCCAAUUACACUGAUAGCAGACGUCAACUGGUUCAUACUGACGCCUUACUACCCUCACUAUCCUGCCAACUCAGACGGGAGUCCAUGGCUUGGUUGGCAUGGUUACGACAACACAUUCAUAGAUAUGCACGGGAUAUUUCUAGCCUCUGGUCCAUCUUUCAAGACAAACCACGCCUCGCGAUCUCUCGAAAUCACUCAGCUGUAUCAGGUGAUGUGUAGAAUCCUCGACGUCACACCCUCCCCUAACAACGGAUCCUGGAAUCUAGUGGAAGACUUUCUAGAUUCGUCUUUAUCCAGCUCUCUACGAACUGAGAGCUCGCUAGCUGCCAUUGUGUUCUUCGUAUUAGCGAGUUUUGUGUUUUCACGUGAUUAGUGUAACUAAAAUCAUAAAAUCAUAUAUAAUAUAGAAUACUAAACGAGCUUGCCUGUCAUACCAUUUUUAUGAUACGAGCGAAAGUGAGUCGAUACCAACACUGUUCGCAAGUUUCUUAACAAUAGUAUGACAGGUAAGCCAGUUUAGUAU